AGAUGGUCUGAGCCACCCCUGAGUGGAGGUGAGCCUCUGAGCCACCAGCUUCACUGGAAUUCUCACCAGCAGAAAGCAGCAUGUCUGACCAGAACGUCCGCAACGCUGGGUUCACUCCCUCUGGGAUCACAGGAGGAUCCCUUGCUUCAUCACUGAUGUCCCAAGAAGCAAGAGCCUCUGGGGGAGGUGUGCCUUCUGGAGGCCCCACUUCCACUCUCCAAGAAAUGGGUGCCAGAGGCACAACCCAGUCCUCAGGUUAUACCAGCAGUGGGAUCUCUGGUGGAUCCAGGGCUUCCGACACGAUGUCCAAGGAGGCCAUAGCUUACGGAGGCGGAGUUCCCAGAGGUGGUACAACUGCUACAGUCCAGUCCAUCUCCAUGGGUGGAAAAGGAGGAAGACGCUGAACAGAAGAAAAACAGCAGUCUAGAAAUAAACACUGCAAGCAGUUUGUCCUUCACCAUCGGCUUUGACAAUUUCUCCCACUCUUUGAUCUCCCUGUUAUAAAAGGCAAAGCCUUCCAUGUUCACAAAUAAAGUUUCUGUUAAAAGUA